CGGAAAGACUGGGGGCGGGGGCAGGGCCAGGGCCAUGGCCGUACGGCGACAUGGGUGCGCCCACGGAGGAGGUUUCUCCAGGAAGGGCAAAUGGUUGGUGAAGGCUGUGGUUUCAGGGAGCUGAUUUUUUGUCCUGAAAAGGGGACCUACGAUGUCCGUGGUACAUCGCCUGACAGCGGGAUGGCUUGUGGAUCAUCUCUCUUUCAUCAACCAGUGUGGCUAUGAGAUCUGUGACUCCUUUGCACACCCUGGUGGUUUCACUCACAAUACUUCUGUCACAUCUGUUCAAGACUGUCACAGUAUUUCUACUUUUGCUGCCACCCCCUCAUCAAGCGACGAUCCUUCCUACGGUUCCCAAAAUGCGGUAGAAACAGAAGGUAAAAGAGCAAAAAUGAGAUACGUGUUUCGGGAGGAGUUCUUUGAUAUUUUUAAGCCCCAUCUAGCUGCAGCUCCUGAGGAGCAGCUGUGUCAGGGAUGCCCUGAGGUGAGUCUGACAGAAAUAAAGGCCAACAGCAACAGAGAGGAGUACCAAGAAGGAGCAAAGAGUGACACUGGAGAUUCUCUUGCCACUGCUAGGAAGAAACGUAAAAGGAAAUGUGUAUUCAACCAAGGUGAACUGGAUGCUUUGGAAUACCAUUCAAAGGUCAGGAAGCUUAUUAGGGAAGGGACUUUGCAUUUAGUCCAGGAGGGACUCAAAAGUGGUUUUCUUCGCCAUACGACUGCAAAACUCAGUUGCAGAAAGAAUAAUGUUCCUCAGCGCAUUGUCUGUGGGUUGGCUGAAUUAUGUGAAAUGGCAAAACAGUUUCCAGCUGUUAAUGAAAGUGACCAUCAAGCUGUCCGUGUGCUAGAGGAGGAAACGUCCAAUGCAGAGCAGGACCUGCUUUCAUGUGUUAUGGAAAACUGCUCAAACUGUGCAAAGAUAAUUGUGUUAAUGGGACAGAAAUACUUGGUACCCCCAAAAAGCAGUUUCCUUUUAUCUGAUAUUUCAUGUUUACAGCCCCUACUGAACUACAAGAAAAAAUACGAUGUAAUUGUGAUUGAUCCACCAUGGGAGAACAAGUCUGUUAAAAGGAGUAACAGGUACAGCCACUUGUCUUCGUGGCAAAUCAAGCAGAUUCCUUUACCAGCACUAGCUGCUCCAAAUUGUCUUGUAGUCACAUGGGUGACUAAUAGACAGAAGCACUUACGUUUUGUUAAGGAUGAACUUUAUCCUCACUGGUCAGUGAAAACACUUGCUGAGUGGCACUGGGUAAAAAUUACUACAGCUGGAGAAUUCGUGUUGCCUUUGGAUUCUUUGCACAAAAAACCCUAUGAAGUUCUCAUACUGGGGAGAGUUCAAGGAGAUGUAAAGGAAGCUUUAAGGAAAUCUGAGGGUGUUCUUCCAAUUCCAGAGCAUCAGUUAAUUGUCAGCAUACCCUGCAGUCUGCAUUCACAUAAACCUCCUCUCGCUGCAGUUCUGGCAGAGUUUAUCAAGCCAGAUGUGGAAUGCUUGGAGUUGUUUGCUCGCAAUCUACAGCCUGGUUGGACCAGCUGGGGAAAUGAGGUCUUGAAGUUUCAGCACAUUGAUUAUUUCACUCUUCUGCAGAAUGAAAACUGAGCUGGGUCUUAGACAUCUAUGCCUUCUGAAAUUUCACAUCUUCCCAGGGGACUCUUGAACUUAGCUUUAUUACUGAUGGUGCACCUAAAGCUAACAGAAAUAGAACCCAUUGCAUUUUAAUUAGAAUUCUUUAAGUGACAAGAGAUCUGUUUAAUGCUAUCUUCCCUCGGUGCAAGGUGGUCCCUUAUUUUGAUCAUCUGAUCAUAUUGAGAUACUAAUGUUGUUACCAAAAAUCAGUGAAGAUAAAACUCCUUAACAGCAGUGUAGCAUUAAGAAGCAGGCAUUCUUUAUUUGGCCAGGUGCAUGAGGGAGUAUCUUCUCUGAAAUACUGUGUAUGCUGAUUACAGAGAAAGCUCCUGUUUAUAUUCAGUAUUUUACAUACAUAUUCAUUGAUCUUUAUGAAUAACUUAGAGAUGAUAAUAAUUUCCCCAAAAUGAUUAACAUAUGUUCCCUCCCCUUUGCACAGGUGUUCUUCUGUACCAGGGGUUUCUUUGGGGGUUCCUGGUGGUCAGCCACCCCAAAAUCAUAUUUGACCAUCCAGUGAACUGGUAAAAAGUUGGCAUAACUGGGCUGGUUACUUUGCAGUUUUUCUUCUUGGUCAAGGUUUAACAUGACUCUAGAGAAUAAGCAUUUUGUGGUUCUAUGAGCUUACAGUUUUUGAAGAAUAAUCAUAUUAACCCAUCAGGUUAAUAUGGUGGGUUAAAACAAUUUUUCAUCUGCCAACAAUGUUAGAGUGUAAGUUCAUCCCUGUUCUUUUUCAAACCUCAAGAAAAGAAAGAUAUUUUAAAGUAUUUUCACUGCAGCUAUCAAAUCUGAGCUGAUAGCACAUUGGUACUGCUGUACUGUAGCUCUUGUGCUAUUUUUAAAGAAUUAUAAUAAAGAAUUAUAUUAUCUUGUUUUUCAGGAGUGAAUGGAAGUAAACAAUUCUGAAUGAUGCAUGUUUUCUUAAAGUUUUUUUUUGCAAAACAAUGGAUUUUGAACUAAAAUAGUUAUGAAGGCAGUGUAUCUUCCUACAUAUUUGUAUGUGUUUGCCUCAGAGAAAAUAAAAGGAGCGGUGCUUAUAUUUACUGGCACAUGAAUUCUUGACUGACCAUAUUCUAGGUAAAAUGAUACUUUUAAAACAAUUGGUAAUUCUGUCUUUGUGUAUAUGGUGUUAAUUUUUUGAUUGACUACAUUGUAAAUGAUCAGUCUCAACAUCUUAAAGAUUCUGAAAUUUUAACAAAUUAUAUGUAUUUUUUAAAAGAUUCUUUUCUUAUGUUGUGGAACAUUAUAAAGCCAUGCCAGUGAGCUGUAUUUUUCAGCUAACAAAAAAAUGAUCCCUUUAAAAAAAAUUAAAAAAUUUUACACUUUGUGUAUCUUUUGCUGUGCUUAGAUUUACUCUGGAAAAUAAAAAGAAAAUUUAAUGAGGCCUCUGCCACUUAUUUAUAGCAGUAGAGGCAGAGGUGCUAGACAAACUGAUUUUCCUGAUGGCAGGUUCCUGAGUUCUGACUAUUUGUGAUGGAGAACAAAAUACAUUGCCUAACUUCUUUACCUUCAUUUCCAUUUUGGUAGCCUCGUGAGCUGUGAAGAUUUUUUAAAGUUAAACUUCAAAAUGUUAGCAGAGUAUUUUUUGAUGAUUUUGUAAUAAAGAUGAAAAUGAAAACUUCUGUCUUAUUUCCAGUUUCUAUAUUACUGUUCAAUUCCAUGUUUUGCCUAUUGGAGCAGUGGAGUUAAUAAAACAAGGAAAAUGCUUUUUUCUCCCUCCUGCAACAGUUAAACAUAUACUCAAAAUAAGUGAAUAAUGUAACAGUGGAAGUAGUUACCCAGGAAAACGUUUCUUGCUGCAUGAUUUUAUUUAGUCUGCAUUUUAAACUGUCAGUAUAUAAGCAAUCUUACCUACAGCUACAAGGGAUAGACAGUUCUUUAUUUGCUUUUACUUUAAGAAGACAUUCCCUACCUGGAGCUUCUGCUUUCCCAGUCAGAAUUCCCCUGCCCUCCCAAGAUGCUCUCAUCCAGUGCUAAAUGAUGUAUGGGACUCAAGCAUGUAAUAAAUGAUAACUGCUGCACUUAUCUUGUUUUCCCUUUGUACUCUACAAAGCACUACAAGAAAUGACAACGUUGUCUGUUCCACAUCCGCUCCUAUGAACAACUCCAGAUUAUCUUUUUUAAUUCCGACUAAAAGAAAGAUGAACAAUCUUUGCGAUCAAGAAACCACCUUUGUCCUUCAAGCUAAGCAGCAGAACCCUUCUAAGGGAACAACCUUCUUUAGGCUGCUUAAGAAUUGAUGACCUUAUUAAUUUGUCUUUUCUGUGGAGUCCCUUUGCAAAUAGUGGCUUUAUAGAAUCCUAGAAUAAUUAAGAUUGGAAAAGAUCUCUAAGAUCCUGCCCAGCUGUUAACCUACUAUCACUGUGUUCACCACUAAACUGAAGCGGCUGGGCUGCUACUUCCAGCACCCGGGAAUUCAGCCUCCUAAGUAUGGCUUGUAUGUAGAGGACUUGUGCAGGUAGGCUCUGCUCUUCUCGGCUAAGUCAAAAGUUGAAGACUGGAACUUGUAUCAUACCUGAUCCUUUCCUAAAUAGUUACAAAAUUGUGCCUUGGACACCCGUUUGCUGCUUUUUCACUGCUCUAGCCAUGAAGAAUAUGACAGAAGUGGUGUUCCACAUCUGCAGCCAACCUGGAGCCAUUGCAUUUUCUCAGGAGGAGAAAGCCUGUUGCUAACUUGGAAAUCUCAUGGUGGUAUUAGCUGUUGAUAGGGUCAUCUUUUAAACAUAACUAUUUGUCUGUUAUGCUGAAUUCAUAACUUUAAUAGCCCCUUACACUUUUCCAGCUCUCCAAGACCCCAGCUGUUCCUAACCAGCCAUCAGAUUGUUCAGUGUCUGUCAAAAGAUUCUUCUGAGCCAGAAUCUGCAGCAUACUGAAAGAUCAGUGGUGAGUGAAACCAGCUAAUAGAACAGGACAAUUUAAGAUCUGGUUUCCUUUUAUGUUAUAUAUGUCAAUUCCUCAGAGGAAAAAAUGCCCUCUGUUGUGUCAAGCCUCAUAUAAAAAAGCAAACUUGCUCUGAAGAGUUUACAAGGUUGGUAAGAAGUGAAAGAAAGAGGGAGAAAAUAAGGAUGGAGGAAUACAAGAUGGUAGUGAGAUGUUAAAGGUGUAUUUAAUAAGUAUCAGCCUAGGUAUUAUGCACAUCUUCAGUGUUCCUAAGGAAUUGUAAGGUUAUUUCCCCUAUUUUAAAUGGGAUUUUCUUUUGUAUUGUAUCACACAUUCAAAUAAAAAAUAGGUGGCAUGUGUAUUUUACUUACAACAUUAACAAAAUAAAAGAGUUUUUAAAAUAAA